CCAGGGGUGGACUGACAACUCAUGGGGUCCCCCCGGGCAAUAGGGGAUCAUGGGGCCCCUGUGUCCUCGCCCCACACUCAAUCCACACCCAAAAAAGCCUUUGAAAGGUACCAGGGGCAUCUCAUGGGGCCCCCUACUGACCCCGGGCCCUCGGGCAGUGCCCGAGUUUCCAAAUGGUCAGUCCGCCCCUGUUCUGUCAUUACACAUGCAAUUUAAACCUAGGCUCAUAACUUAUGGUGCGGCUAGACAGAUUUUUCGUGCGGAUACGCAGCAGCAGCACCACCCGCACAGAUGUGAACCUAGCCUAAAGGACAGACCAAUAAAUUCAAAAACACUUGGUUCUGUUAAAUCGAUGAACACAUUUUUCUACCAAAUA